AUGGCUUGGUCAGUUGAGCUUUCACAAUUUGACAUUGCUUUCAAGCCCAGGGGGCCGAUCAAAGCUCAAUGCCUAGUUGACUUUGUGAAUGAGCUCCACCCGCACGGCCAAUUCGAAGAGCAUUGGUGGAUCCUCCACGUAGACGGUUCUUCAAAUUGCCAGGGGAGCAGAGCAGGAGUAAUCCUAGAGGGACCCAAAGGGAUAGUUUUGGAACAAUCUCUCCGCUUUUGGUUCAAGGCUUCGAACAACCAAGCCGAGUACGAGGCUCUAUUGGUCGGACUAAGGCUAGCCGAAGACAUGGGUGCCUCAAGAAUCAAAUGCUUGACCGACUCCAAGGUUGUGGCCGAACAAGUGGGCGGUAACUUCCAAGUAAAAGACCACAACAUGAUGAAGUAUUACCACGCCUAUCAAAAGUUGAAGACAAACUUUCAAGAGGUGUUGGUCGAACACAUCCCUCGCGAGAACAAUACCCGAGCCGAUCAGUUGGCUAGGUUGGCCGCGACAAAGAAGCCAGGCCAAUUAAGAACCAUCAUUCAGCAAGAGGUUGACCAACCUAGUGUCGAAGCGGAAAUGGUAGGAAGUGUCGACGCCGACCACACCGAUCCCAACGACUCCCCAGACUGGCGAGCCGAAAUCAAAGCAUUCAUCACCAACGGGGUCACGCCUGACGACCUGACCGAAGCCAAACGGUUGAGAACCCAGGCUAGCAGAUAUGUCAUCAUCGCUGGUCAGUUGUACAAGCGCGGCUUCUCUACGCCGCUACUUAAAUGCCUAAGCCAAACCGAGGCCGAUUACGUGAUACGAGAAGUUCACGAGGGUAUCUGCAGAAUGCUCUCCGGAGCGAGAACGACCGUUUCUAAACUUUUACGCGCCGGGUACUACUGGCCGACCAUGAAUACCGAUUGCGGAGCCUUUGUGAAAAAGUGCCAACCAUGUCAGAAACACGGCAACUUGAUCCACCAGACGGCCGAGCAGCUACAUUGCAUUCCCCUAGCAUGGCUGUUCGCGACAUGGGGGGCCGACAUACUCGGACCUUUCCCGGUUGCCAAGGGGUAA